GCUGGCGAUCAGUCGAUCCUCGAGGAUGCAGCCCUCGGGGGCCUCUUUACUGAAAGCCUUGCCGGAUUCUCCGCCUGUCCGCGUUGCGAGGGGGUGCGUGCAAAGGGCCUCAACGAAUGGAUGGACCAUCUGGGUGAGUGUCAUCCAGUGCCGAGUCGAUGGCCCAGUUCCAAGGUCGAUCGUCUGGUUGCCGGACAGGAUCUGCAUCACCCCUACACGACCGUUGUGGAUUCGCACAAGAAGCGCCGUCGGAAUGUCACCCCUAGACCCCUGAACAGUUUCAUGGAAUGCCUCCAGUCUACUCCACUUCGUUUUAACCUUUACAUGGGAACGCUUUGCGGCAAGCUGUCCUGGUUGCGAAACGAUACUAUCUCUGUCGUUGUCAGUAGAGCCGUUCGACACUGA